GCGCGGUCCCCACUGCCGUUGUUCAGGCGCGUCUCGCUCGCCACAAAACACGAGCAGCAGCCUGAGGACGUAUCUCCGUCAAGGUAGCUGCACUCACCCUUCCCACUCACCAACUGCAGCGGACAGCGUUGCUAGCAUCUUAGUCUCUUCAAUUCCUCGUGGAUUUGGUUUCCAAGCCCCAUCUCUACAAUCUUUCUCCUCUCAUGUAAACGUUUGCACCACAAGCGCGUCACAUUGCUUUCGCGUCCAGGAUGUCGGAUCCACAAGAAAAGGCGGGCUUGCUCGAUUCCUGCUUGAUAGCCUUUGUUCAAAGCAAGUCGUUGUCGAGUACCGUCAUCGCGCAGCUCUCACAGGUUGUCAAGGACCAUGGCGCCGAGGUUCUGGAGCCCGACCGCAAAGGCAGGAUCCGAAUCCCGCAGGCUACGCACAUCGUGUCAAACACCAUCGACUUUGACCAGUAUACCGAGGCACAAGCCAUGAUGAUUCCUGUCGUUCGAACCGACUGGAUCAAAGCUACCAUAGCGCGGAACAAGGUCGCCCAAGUCCGCCCGUUCUCUCCGGAUCCCAGAAUGAUUUUCUCGAGCGUCAUUCUUACCUGUGCCGACAUCCCGAACACAGAUAAGGAAGCAAUCACGGGUGCCAUCAUGGCACUCGGCGGAAUGGAAUCAAAAGACCUUACGCGCCAGACUACCCACAUCUGCGCCUUAUCCCUGGAGCAUCCAAAAUGUGUCGAGGCCAGGCAAAAGAGCCCGAAGUGCAAGAUUGUGCUACCUCACUGGUUUGACGACUGCUUCCGGCUGGGAAAGCGGAUUGACGAGGGGCCUUAUCUUCUUCCCGACCCGGAGAUUCUCAGGAAGGCUCCGGAAGAAGCCGUCAAGGUUCCCCCUCCAAGCCAGCAACUGGAGGGUGCGGUUUCGGCGGUUCCAAAUGGCCCCUAUGAGACCGACGGAAGCGAGAAACUGGUCGUCUUUGCGCAGAAGAAGGUCAUGCUCUCGUCGGAUCUACCCAUUAACCCUAUGCUACGCAAGACCAUCACAGACAAGAUCACCGAGGGAGAUGGCGAGGUCGUUCACUCGGUUGAAAAGUGUGAUAUGUUCAUUUGCCAGUACCGCGACGGCGACGAGUACAUCCGCGCAGCACAGAACGGCAAAGAUGUGGGCAACCUGGCUUGGCUUUACCACUUGAUGGUAUACAACGAAUGGACGUCCCCCUUUCGGCGGCUACUGCAUUAUCCCGUCCCGAGGAACGGCAUUCCUGGCUUCAAAGACAUGCGAAUCUCCUUGUCAAACUACGGAGGUGAGGCACGGAUUUACUUGGAGAAUCUCAUCACUGCAGCCGGCGCGACAUACACACGGACAAUGAAGGCCGAAAACACACACUUGAUUACGGCUCGCAUGCACAGUGAGAAGUGUGAGGCGGCGAAGGAUUGGAAUAUCGAGAUAGUCAAUCAUCUCUGGAUCGAGGAGAGUUACGCCGCCUGUCAAGCGCUUCCCCUCAGCAACCCCAAAUACCGGCAUUUCCCACCGCGCACCAACCUGGGCGAGGUGAUCGGCCAAACUUUCCUAGACGAGCCGACCCUCCGAGAGAUGUUCUAUCCGGGCGGCGAGGACAAGCUCACUGCAACGGCCAAGAAGAAGCGGAAGAUCAAUGAAAUCGCCCAGAAGAAUACCUACAGUGUGGGGCUGGACCGAGAUUUCAACGUAAGGGAAGACUCGAGUCCCGUCCCUGAGAAGUCGGUCAGAAAACCGCGAGCCACUCCGGCAGUUGGCAAUUUCGCCACUCCAGCCAACAAGGGACGCCACGUUCGGUCUGGCAAGGAGAACGAUACCCCGUCUGUCAUGAGCAGCGCCAGCCGCAGCGCCAAAGCACAGGCGCUGUCCAAACUCCAUGAUCUGGCACCGGACAUUGCACUGUAUGAAAAGGAAAAGAAGCGGUCCGCGAAAGAUGGUCACGGAGUAUGGGGUGGCAAGCGUGCCGCGGACCAGAUCGACAAGGAGCGUGCGGAGAGGAGUUCCAGCCCAGCCGUCGGGCGUGCGGAGGAUGGUGAGGAUGAGCCGGGGGCCAAACGGCCAGCAAAGAGAGCGAAGACGUCUCUUCCCGAAGUAGACAUGCGGAUCUGCUUGACUGGGUACAGGCGGUGGGUGGGGGACAGGUCGCUUGAGGACGCUGAUCGGAGGAAACUCCGCUCGCUCGGAAUACAGAUCGUACAGGACAAUGUCCCCUGCGACUACCUCGCCGCCCCCAACAUGAUACGGACAAUGAAGUUCCUAAAGUGUCUCGCGAGGGGCCCUGAGGUGAUCAAUUCCUCCUUCAUCACGGCUUGCAUAGAGACAGGCAAGCGGCCAAAUAUCAAGGACCACCUGCUCGCCGACAAAGCAAACGAAGCAAGGUAUGGUGUGACCAUCGAACAGGCCGUGUCCCGGGCACGGGCCAACCGCGGCCGGCUACUCUGGGGAGUGCCAAUAUACUGUACAGUAGACGUCCCCAACGGCGUCGACGCCUUCAAGACCAUUGCCGAGGCCAACGGUGCCAUUUUCAAGAUUUACCGGGCCCGGGGCGGCACCACCAUCAAGCCUACAUCGGCCGAAGAGGACGGCGGCGCGGACCCGGAUCCCGUAUAUCUGCUUUCAGGGUCGUCACCAGUAGAAAGGCAGCUGUGGCCACGCUUUGAGGAGAUGGCGCGCCAGGGACAUAUGGAACCACGGAUUGUUCUGCCGGAUUGGCUUUUGGAGGUUGCAAUGCGGCAAGAGCUUGUGUUUGAGCCGGCGAAGCAUUUGCUUCAAGCACCGUCGUCGUGAGGUUGACGUAUGGCCGGAGUUUGGUGUUCGUGGUGGGUGGCUACUAGUGCGGAUACCCGGACGCCAUCUGUUCGAGUGUUUGCUUGAUGUUUUGCUGUGUAUGGUAUGGGGUCCGGCUAUUGAGAUAGGUCCCUAGCUGUUAUACCAUCCUUCUCCCCCAAGGGAACUCUUAGCCUGCUAGCGAGAUAUGGCAUCAGAAGAAUUUAACACCUCGAGA